AGCCGCUUUGGCCCAAGUUUUCCAGAUCAGCUUGCCUCUGCUCCAUCGGAGCCCAAGCCGGCUCCUUCACAGACACCAGGGGUUGCGAUGCCGUCCAAGGCGCAGAGCUCCGUGGCGCUGGCGGCGUGCGCGGCGUACGCCGGGAAGGCGUUUUUGGCCCCCGGCGGCGCCGCCGCACCCGGGCCGGCGCGCCUGGCCGCCGCGUCGCCAGCGCAGCAGGGCGAGCCCGCGCUGGGGGCCGCCGCGGCCGGCAGCGCCCCCGCCGCCCUGCCCGCGGGCGCCGCCGCCGGCGCGCUCGCGGCCGUGGGCCUGGCCGCCUCCCGCCGCGCGGCUCGGAGGGCCCAGAAGGUGCGCCGCGCGGCAGAGGACGCGGCGUACGGCGCUUCCCACACCUCCUUCUACACGGACGCCGUGGCCAAGGACAAGUACGACACACUUGCGGAGGUGCUCGACAAGAAGCUGAAGGACGAGAAGCUGAAGGGCAUGGUCAACGAGCUGCUGGACUGCUGCGUCAAGAUCACGGACGCGCUGCGCGUGAAUCUGGUGACGGUGAACGACAGCUCCAACACCUUCGGCGACACGCAGCUCACUGUCGACGUCAUCGCCGACGACCUUCUGUGGGACUUGGCAAAGACCAGCAAGCUGGUGAAUGAGGCGUCGUCGGAGGAGGAGCCGGAGAUCGUCAAGACGAACCCCGACGGCCAGUACGUGCUUUGCUGGGACCCGCUGGACGGCAGCUCCAUCGUCGACAACAACUGGGCGGUUGGCACCAUCGUGGGCAUCUGGGACAAGUCUACCGGCCUGAUCGGCGCCACGGGCCGCGACCAGGUGAUGAGCCUCGUGGUGCUCUACGGCCCUCGCACCACCGCCUUCGUCACCCUCGAUGACGGCGUGUACGAGUUCACCUGCGGCCCGGGCAACGAGUGGAGCCUCGGCCGGGGGGGUGCAGAGUCCGGGGGCGGCCAGGCGGGGGGUAAUGACUAUCGAGCAGUGGCGAAGUGUCCUGGCUUGCCCACCAGCAAAUGGUUCUAA